AUGAGCGUGCACCAACUUCCUGCAGAGCUGCUGUUGUCCAUAUUCGAGUACGCGUCGCUUGAUGAUCAAUCAACGGGGCAGAUUCCAACAUCGAACUAUCCAGGCUGGACUGCCGUCACACGUAGCGAUCCCUCUACGUCGACCAACAUCUCCCAAGUCUGUAGGCGAUGGAGGCACUUGUCCCUGUCCGAUCCAAUGCUAUGGAAUCGCGUUCCUCGCUCGCACGAAAGCGUCACUAACACGUAUCUUUCCCGCUGCUCGUCUGCUCUUCUGGACGUAAUGAUCGAUCCCUAUGCGCAUUUUUGGGGUCCCGCAAAGCAUGGGGACGCCCAGAAGCUCGAGGACUACAUCCCGCGCGCCCGAUCUCUAUUCAUCUCAUGCAGAUCCAGCAUGGGCCAUGGCCCCCCCAGCUACCACUCUUCAUCUGACGAAAGACAGAACGUAAAAACAUUUUUGGAGGACUUUCAACCGCUGAGCGCGCCACAUCUCACCGAGCUCUCAAUGGAUUUACAAAUGUGGUUCAACACCCGCGCCCGGGACACCAUUCCCAUCCCUCCUCACAUGUUCAACGGAGAACCGUUACGGCUCCUGCGAUCCGUCAAGUUCAAUGCUGUCUACAUGAGACAGCCGCAAACCUUUAUCUGGCCCGCCCUUUGUUGCAUCGAGCUCACAGACUCGCGUAUCUGGACUCAUCCCGACAACUUUGUGCCGUUCUUCAGCGGUGUACCUCUACUGGAAGAACUCACAUCUCGUAACGAUGGCCAGGCGAGAAGCAGCGCCAAUUGGAGCAAUGCAACUCCCGUGCAGGACCUGCCACCUCUCCGCAGCGUGCCGAUGAAGCAUCUCAAGGCGCUUACAUUUCACGGACCAUACCGCGACAUGUUCCUCGCAUUAGCCAUACUUGAUCUACCCUCGAGCGCCCUCUUGUCGUUCACACUCUCCGGCAUCUGGUUCGCUGAUGACCAAGAGGAGAAGGUGCGGAUCAUGCACGAGGCUGUGCAGGUCCAUUUCGCUCAGGCAAUGCAAGCCGGCGCCUACUUUGACAACAUCACAUUCGAUGGACGAACGAUGUCUGCGACACAUCCCGUUCAGGACAGCCUCUCGGCCCACCUCCCUCCCUCCUUCACUCUCAGCAUCCCUUUACUCGAAUAUGACGACCACGACCCCGGGAGCCAAGCUUUGGAACUCGAAGCACUAUUCGCGUACACCGUCUUCACUCGCGCCUCAACACUCACGAUUCAUUCGGUCGAUAGAUGCGGCGUGCGCGGAGCCGCCCAUCGUCUCGAUAGCUUCUACCACGAAGAGCUGGAACACAUGCUCGCGCUUUAUGUCGACGUUCAGGCCCUCCACGUAACUGGCGAGGAUGUGUGUAACUGCGUCGCGAACGUUCUCAUACAGAAUGAACUUGUACCGCCGAACCUGGCCGUUCUGCGAAUGCAUGGCGCGCUGUUCUUCUCGGGUGCAGCUCACGAGACGAACUUCGUCUCCACACCUCUUCUACUUUCCUCUCUGCUGCGUCUCAGUGAGAGAUUUAAGCGUUUGGAGCUUGAGAGGUGUGAGCUCGGGGAGGCGGACGUCCAGCAGCUGCGCGAAGGACUUGGCGAGGGCAGACUAUCCGUGAUGGAUUGCGAGAUCGAGGGAUAG